AUGACGUCUAAUCUUGAUAUUACCAGAGAGAGUCCCCUCCCAGAAGGGGAUUUGAUAGAUGAAGAGUUGGAACUAAAUACAGAUCUGACGCCAAGAAUGGAGGAUGUGGACUUUGAUACUUUUCAGCGUUCAGUGCUACAACAACGAGAACGAGGUUUACCACCACCACCACGUGCGCUCCUAAAACGUAUUCCAGAAUCCACGGAUGAUUUUCUUCGCAAUUUCUUUUUGCGAAAUGGCAUGUAUAAAACGAUGGAGGUAUUUGAAAUCGAAUGGUAUGAAAAGUACGGUUCAAGACCUCUAAUGGAUGCUCCAGUUUUUGCAGAUAAUUAUCUUGAAACUGCAACUCUUCAAGACCGUAUUGAUGUUUUAGAACAUCAACUUCGUCAACAUGCAGAGUUAACAGCAAAAACCACAAAAUUGUAUAUGCAAGCAAAAAAAGAGCGUGAUUUUCAUCGUGCUAACCACAACCGUGUGGUACAAGAGAAAAAUAGAAUUACCAAACUUCUUCAGCAGGCACAACAACAAGCUGAAUAUGUUAACCCAACUUUAAGUGAACUUCGCCAAAAAUGUGAAGCACUUCACAAGAAUAAAACAUUAUUAUCAAUAGAGCGUGAUAAACUUGAGGCUAAGGUAUCAAGAUUAGAGAAACAAGUAGAGAAAUUAGAGGAACAAUUACGAUCACAAGAAGUAAGUGAUUCUCGCCCCAAAUCAGAAGUUGCUUCUAAAAAGAAAGAAGGGAUUAUAUCUAAACCUACUGCUGUUAAGCCUGGUGCGAAAGUUGCAGGAGGUCCGGCUGUGCGUGCUGCUGAGGCAUUUUCUGAUGGAUUCCGUUGGCCUGCAGAUGAGCGACCUCGACCUUCCCAUGGGGAUAGUUCCUUUGCCCCUCACAGUGAUCCAACCACGUGGGUGUGUCAGUCUUCCUUUAAGGCACAUUCUAUGGCUGUAACUAAAGUUGCUAUGCAUCCUGAAAAACCAGCAGUUGCUAGCUCUAGUGAUGAUGGAACUUGGCGACUUUCUGCAUUACCACAAGGAGAGCUCGUCAUGUCUGGUGAUGGACAUAAGAACUGGAUCUCAUCUGUGGCUAUGCAUCCAACAGGAACUAUGGUUGCCACUGGAUCAGGUGAUAAAACUGUAAAACUAUGGGAUUUCGCCACUAAUGGCUGUAAAUUGACAUUAAAAGGUCAUUGUGAUGGUGUUUGGUGUAUUGAUUUUCAAGAAACGGGUCUUCUUUUGGCCAGUGGAGCGCUUGAUCAAACAGCUCGUAUUUGGGAUGUUACAACUGGAAAAUGUCGUCAAACACUUCGGGGUCAUGUGGAUUCUGUAAAUGCUGUGGUUUGGAAACCUUACACUAAUAUGCUUUGUACAGGUAGUGGUGAUAAGACUGUGUCACUUUGGGAUAGUCGCAUGAACUGCUGUUCACAAACAUUGUAUGGUCACCGAAAUGCGGUUCAAUCUGUUUCAUUGGUUGGUACAAGUGAUGAUUUGGUUUCAUGUGAUGCCGAUGGUGUGGUUGUUCUUUGGGAUACACGACGAAUGGAGCAACGUUUGACUAUUUCAUGUGGUCCAUACCCAGCCAACAAUGUUGCUUCUGACCGUACUGGUACAUAUCUAGCCGUCGCCAGCGAUGAUGCCACUAUUAAAUUAAUUGAUCUUACUAACUCUGCCAUGACAGAUCUUACAGGACAUGAAGACAGUGUACAAUGUGCUGUAUUUGACCCGGCAACUAACAGUUUUAUUGUUAGCUGUGGAAAUGAUGGGAAAAUAGGAUACUGGUGUUGA